AUGCUGACACUCAUUCAGUCUUUCGAUGCUCGUUUAUCAGAUUACCUUCACAGUCACCCAUUCACAUCCUCACUAAUUCAAUCGCCAGCGAGUAAAGUGAUAACUUAUCUACUCAUAAUUUCAUUCAUUAUUCUCAUUCUGUAUGAAACCAUAUACUGGUCAGGAAUUUACCUUGGCCUAUGGGAAUACCAUGCUAAAGACAUCUUCACUGAAGUUCCUAUUCACUGUGCGCACGUUUAUAUUAGAGUCACCAAGAUAUCCGAUAAAGAAGAACUCGAUCAAAUAAAUACGUUCUUUUCGUACCACUCAAAUUCCUUUUUGCACAAAAAUGUUUGGAAUAGAUUUAUUUCUUCGCCAAUUAAAGAUGCAACCACCAUUACUUACAACUUUGAGUUCAGUCCGGAAGAUUUUGAGAUGAACGAAAACCCAGAGUUUGGCUCUACUGUGGAGCACUUGAAAACUAAAAUUUUGAACACUUACUUAGACUCAAGGCUCGCAAAUGGAUCUGCGAAGAGUGGAAAGAAAUUAACCAAGGAUAAUGUGCUUAUAUAUAAUCACAACUUCCAGCUAUUAGAUUCUACAUUCGAUAAUGAAUAUCUCAGUAAGUGCAAUGUUGAGACCGGUAAUCUUAUUAACUCUUACAUUAAUACGACGUAG